GAUUACGAUUGAUUUAUCAUAGUUGCUGAUAGAUAGUUGAGUAUAAUAACACGCGACUUGAAUCAAACCCGAUCUAAGGAGUGUUUGCCACAUCCAAGUCUGAAAUCAGAACAUAACAACCUGUUGGUACAAAAACGCUCAAAUAUAAGCAUUACCUUUACACUAACAAACCAUUUUCUCCCCUUAAAAACAGAAAAAAGAAAGAUACACAAACAAACACAAAUCCUAUUUCGUUCUGUAAGUAAUGAGUAAACUUAGAGCAUGUGAUGUAAUUAUACUACUCUUAAGUUUGGACUUAUCAGUGGGACUCUUUCUCUUUGAGUUUGCUCUCGAUAAAAUUCCAUCUAUAAAUAUCUCAAGGAUCUUCUUUUGGAUUCACCAAAUCAUUUGUGUAACACGUACAAAUUAAACUAGCUAGCACGGUAAAAACAUUGUUGCAACUUUAGUUGCCCUACACAAAAGAAAUUUCGUCAAAUCAAUUAUCUACAACCGAUCAGUUUAUGAUGGCUAGCUCAACCGUGCUGACUAAAAAGGCGGUAUGCCUAAUCUUCAUAACCAUGAUGGUGGUUGCACCUCAUGCCGUGCAAGCCUUUUCAUGUGGACAGGUGGUAACAAUGCUCAUGCCAUGCCUCAAUUACUUGAAAAAAGGAGGAUCCAUCCCGGCUAAUUGCUGUGGAGGGGUUAAGGACUUGGCUAACUUGGCUAAGACUAGGCCUGACCGCCAGGCAGCUUGUAAGUGCAUCAAACCCGCCGCUAAGUCCUAUGGCAUCAACUAUGACCUUGCUAACAAGCUCCCUAAGGCGUGUGGUGUCAACUACAAGAUCAACAUCAGCCCUGAUAUUGAUUGCAAUAAGGUGACGUUCUGAAGCAGAAGCUGACUAGCAUGCAAGACCUAGUAAGAUCAUUUCGUGGAAUAAAGAGUCAAGCUUUAACAUAUGGAAUAUCUAGAAUAAAAAUGAAUCUUUCUUAAUAUUAAUGUAUAUUUUAUCUUUGAAAUUACUGGAAAAUCAUGAAGAGAACCAGGGAGUAUCAUUUAUUAUUUGGAAGCCUAUAUUUUUCCAAUGUAAUACAUAAAUAAACUUUAUGAUAUAUGUUGUUGCAUAC